ACAUAUCUUCCACUAAUAUACUGAUCACUAUACUGGUGAUAACAUCCAACUCCUCAUGUGACCUCAAACGUUGCUCUGAGUUUGUGAGGUUAAUAUAAUUAUAUUUGUGCAUCUCAAUCAGACACUACUGGAUAAUUACAAGUCACUAUCAUCCAAAUAAAAACUAGAAUUUUAUUUUUAUUUAUUAAGGUAUUUAUCACAACACCUGAUCGUGUUCCUGUUGUGUGAGAAAGUACCAAAGACUCAAAAAAGAAAACAAGUCAAUGCCUUAGUUUUGAUUUAAUGGAAGCAAAGACCGUUUUUAUUUAUAUCUACUGUGAGAAGAGGAACAAAAACCUACAACUGCUGUUUAUUUCUGCAUAUGAACUUUUUACUUAAAUCUUUUUUGUGUGAGUGCCGUGGACAGGGGUUCGGGUCGGGGGGGCCUGGUUUGUCCUGGGCACAAGCAAGGGGGGCUUCAAGGGAAAAAGGUUGGGAACCACUGCUCUAUGAUAUGGUCACAUUAGCUGUUUUUACACCAGUCCUGCUGCUCAACAGGAGAAGCUCCGCCUCCUCGCUGUGAAUAACACGUCUGACCCUCAGAUCGUGUCCAGCUGUGUUUGUCAUGUGUAAACAGUUCAGUUUCAGUUCCUGUGUCUUAAGGUGCUGAGUUUUUAACAAAAAUAGAAAUCUCCCUCUUUCACCCAAACUCACUAUUUUUGUACUGAAACAUAAAACAGUCAGUAAACACACAGGGUUAGUUACUCCUCACAUACAUUAUCAUCAUCAUUAUUAUCUAAUGCAAAUAGUAACAUCCGUGUUGACUUUCCGUUGCCGUGACGACCAGAGUAAACCCUCUGACAUCAGAGAAGCGAUUGCAUGAUUUUAAGUGCUGGAGUAGUGAUCAUUCCACAGUCCUAUAUGUGGACGAGUUGUGGUAAAACAGCCAAUAGAAGCAUCUUGUCAUGAUCUUCCUUCUCAGUCACCUCAGCUCCCAGUGGCCGUUUCUCAAUACUCAAGUAUGCAAGUAGGUACUUGCGUACUUGGGAAGUAUAUACUUGAGAAGUACGCCUGGAGUACAUACUUGUCAAGUAGGGGAGUACACAAGUAUGAUUCUUCAAUUGGAACGCAAAGUAUACAUAUGAUGAGACGGACACAGGUCCCGCAACGCAUACAGAAAACGGUGCUGAAUAACAACACGCACAUGCCCACUUACAAUGCUAUGGGACUUACAAACCUCAAUUUAAAAUAAUAUCCAUGGUAUAAAUGUUAUGACCAUAAUUUACAAUUAUUAAUACAGGUGAUGAGGAAGCAAAAUGUGAAUACUAACAAGUGAGAAAAUGUGUUCAUUGAUGAACAGAAAUUAAAUCCGUUUGUGCAAACUUCCCUGCUCUGCCGAGUUCGGAACGCCACAGUCACGGCGCCGAACGAUAACGGAAGAACCCGAGUAGUCCCAAGUGACCCCGAAGCCAGCAAAGUCAGUGAAGUUCCGCGGAGUGCUGUGCACGUAUUCUUCAGCCGUGACUGUAUUGAAUGGAGUCAAACCUGUAGUUGUCCACACCGUUACAUUGUGUUCGUCGUGCGUAAAUGAGAAGUAAGUUUAUACUCACUGUCAAGUAUUAUGCUGUCUCCUGCUAUACCUGGCGUGAACCUGUACUCUCGCGCACAACAUUGUAAUGUGAGAUAUAUUAACACAGGCUGGUUGAUAUGUUCAGAUUAUUUUACAUAUGUGUCCUAGACAUAUGACGCUUUUCUGAUUGUGUGUGUUAUACCAUGGAUGGGUUCUACAUCGACCAAUAUUAAUGUUAUUACAGUUGCUUGUGAUAUAUUGUCAUGAUGUGGUCUGAGGCGCCCCCGUGUGGCCAAUAGAGAAUACUGUUUGUAGUCAUCAUUCUCGCUGCAUUUCUUGUAUGUGUGUUUAGUUCACAGCUAUGUUACCUUAUAAUGUACUAAUACAUUACUGUUCCUUUAUUUAUAUAUCUCAGGAAACCACAACAACACAUCCUGUACACUGUUCCCAUUUUGAGAAAUAAAGAAGGGUAAAAUAAACCUCUGAAGUAGCUGCAGUUUUUCUGACAGAAGACUAAGGUCAGCCUGUGUACGCCAGCAUCCAAAUUAAUAAUCUACAAGUGGUCCUUCGAGCCGGAUGUACACAAGCUGCACCAUGGCUACAAGCAGAGGAUAUUAUGAUGGGCAGCAGCCACCGAGUCCCCGUCCCAGCAGGGUGCGACGCAUUCCCGGACAUCUGGAGGACUACGGGCUCAGCUACCCGCUUCAACCCCUUCAUCCCACUAUGACAGGGACAGUGUCGCCGGUGACAUCCACAUAUAUAACCUUCCCUAUCCAGGGCCCACAUAUCAGACCCAUGAGAGCCCUGAUGAGAGACUUCAGCAUCUAGAGGUACGCUGGCAGACUAUAACACACCAAAUGAAAGAGCUGGAGGCUGAGAUGGACAAUGUAAGACUGACUCCUCACCCGCAGGUUGGCUUUACUCACCCUACACAUCGCCCACAUCGAUAUGCUGUGGAUAUGUCUCGGUACAGUAGCCUUCCCCAUCUAGAGAGGAUCAACAUGUGUCACAGUCCUGAUAGGACGGCACAGUAUACAUCUGCACCACACAUUCCAGCUCAGUUGGUGCCCCUCUAUCAAGAUCAGUACACAGCCACAGUCUCAACGGUUUACGUUGCACCCUCUCCUACACUGACCAAGGCUGCGGACAAAGCAUCCUUUGCAUUGCUGGCAGACAAUGUGGAUCAAGCAUCAGAGGCUGAGACAACACAAUUUGCUCCCAUGUCACAGACGAGACGGACAGAUUCUGUUUCAUCAGCUGCUGUUGACCAGGUAGACCCUGUAUCAUGGGCCACGCCUGCACAACCCGUGCCCCCAGGCAACAUGAUACGAACAACACCCGCUACCUCACUGGUGCCACCUGCAGUCUCCGCAGUUCCUGCCCUGCCGGUCACGACUGCACCUGCCCCAUCACAGUCAGCAUACAACACAUCAAGACAUUGGCAGCCCCCCCCUCCUCAACAAUAUCCCUAUCCUCCUGCACAAUAUCCUGCUCCCCCGGUCCAGCACUAUUAUCCACAGCAUCCCACUGCACCGGUGCGGCCUCCAGAUAAUACCCCAGGUGUUCUAGAGAUGGUUAUUGCUUCAUCAUAUGGCAUUCCCAAGCCCAGACUGACCGUUUUCAGCUCAGGGAGGGAGAGUGAUUUCCUGCUGCUCAAAAAGGGCCUGGACAGUAUCCUCGGGCCCCACAGACACUUAAGCGAAGACUACAAGUACCAAGUCCUUCUCGACCAUCUCCGUUUUCCUGCUGCACUUCAAAUAGCCAAGCGGUUCAUCAACAGUGCAACGCCAUACACUACUGCCAUGCAAGCCCUCAUGCAAAGAUAUGGUCAGCCCAGACAGCUUGUACAGGGCAAACUUAAUGCCAUAUUGAACGCUCCACCAGUGAAGGCUGGAGACUAUCAAGGUAUUGAAGACUUUGCAGCAGCAGUUGGAACACUUGUAGGUAUGUUAAGCACGAUGCAAGGUCCCUUAUCUCCAGAACUGCUGUGCGGUUCUCAUGUUGACACACUGCUUACUAAGCUGCCUGCUAACUUCAGAGAUGUCUUUGCUGAAUACUGCUUCACUAGGGGAAUUAUCCAGAGUGGCAGCGACAGGACAUAUACUCUUCCAGACCUGGCAGGGUGGCUUGAGAGGAAAGUCCAGACCCUGCAGGUGUCCCGUUGGAUGAGUGCAUGUCCACCAGAACCCACACAUGCUGAUAGCCGGGAGCGCAGAUCAGCGAAACAGCAAAGGGUAAAGUCUACAACAUUCUACUUGGUAACCACCAGGGGGCUCAGCAACCUAAUCCAGCUCCUGCAUCCAACACCCCGCUACAGUCUAAGAAACGUGACAGGUUUAAGCCUUAUUGCCCUCACUGUAACAAUCAAGAACACUACCUCAAUGUCUGUGGUGAUUUUGCUAAACUCACAAACCAUGCAAAGGCUGACUGGAUUAAAGAGAAGAAAAGAUGCUGGAGGUGUGGAAGACGACACACCCCUGACAACUGCACUUUAAAGAAGCCCUGUUCCACUUGUGGAGAACAACACCUCAUUGUGCUCCAUGAUGUGGCUCAAACAGAGACUGUCCUAACUGUGAGUACAUCCCCCAGCAUGGUUUACAUGGACCAAAUCAGCCAUUCAGGUCGAGUAAUGCUGAAAGUUGUCCCAGUACGCCUGCACAAUGGGAAGAAAACACGUACGCUGUCCUUGACGACGGCUCUGAAAGAACAAUCAUCCUACCGGCCGCUGUACAUCACCUUGGUUUAAAGGGGAAAGAAGAAAUCUUAUCCCUGAGAACAAUCAGACAGGACAAGGUACAGCUAAAGGGAGCUACAGUCUACAGCUCUCCUCCGAUCAACAGAGCGCCGCCUUGCUACUGACCCAGAACAAUCUGCAGUGUAUAAUGAGGAGAUACACAAAUUGGAGAAAGCUGGAUAUGUUGUCAAGAUCAACGCUGAAGAGGUGAACAGUACAAAGGAGUCAUGGUUUCUCCCUCACCAUCUUGUUUACCAUAAUGGUAAAGCCAGAGUAGUAUUCAACUGCUCAUUCAACUAUCACCAAGCCUGCCUUAAUAACAACCUACUCCCUGGUCCUACCCUGAGUGCACCACUGCUUGGUGUGCUACUGAGAUUCAGAGAACAUGCUGUGGCCAUCAGUGGAGAUAUUCGCGGCAUGUUUCAUCAGGUGCGCCUCCUCCCUGAAGACCAGCCACUCCUCCGCUUCCUGUGGCGUGAUGGUGAGAGAGAGCACAUCCCAGAGGUCUACGAGUGGCGUGUUUUGCCAUUUGGGACUACCUGCAGCCCAUGCUGUGCAACCUAUGCUUUACAGCGUCAUGUGGAAGAACACAGUGAGGGCAAUGAAGACGUGGUCCAAUCUGUGCUGCAGGCAUUCUAUGUAGACAACUGUCUCCAGUCUGUACAGUCUCAGGAUCAAGCCAGACAGUUCAUCGAUAAGAUGAGAGCUCUUCUUGCCAGUGGAGGCUUUGAUAUGAGACAGUGGUCCAGCAACAUGCCUGAUGUUAUCGCCCAUCUACCUCCUGAAGCCAAAUCAGCAGGAUGCGAGUUAUGGCUGACUGCGAAUAAGACCGACCCACAGGAGUCAACACUCGGUCUCCUGUGGUACUGCAGACUUGACACUCUUGGAUACAAACACCGAACCGUCCCAGUGACUGAACCAACCAUGCGGUCGAAGAUAGUGACGGAGAGGUACAGGUGGCAUUUGUGAUGGCAAGAUCCCGUGUAGCGCUGAAGAAACAACUGUCAAUACCUCGCCUGGAGCUGUGUGCGGCCCUGUCAGGUGCACAAUUGGCUAAGGUCUUGCAGUCAGAGCUGACUCUGCCAGUAAAGAGAACAACACUGUGGACAGAUUCCACGACUGUUUUGCACUGGAUCCAAUCCGAAUCUCAGCAGUACAAGGUAUUUGUGGGGACACGGAUAGCAGAGAUCCAAGAGCUAGUUGAAGCAGACAACUGGAGAUAUGUGCCUUCAGAAGACAAUUCUGCUGAUGAUAUCACCCGCGGAAAAUCUCUGGUGGAUCUAGUGAAGCCCAACCGCUGGACAAGUGGCCCAAGUUUCCUUUUACAGCCUCCAGCUCAAUGGCCUACUGAUCCUAGAAGUUCCACAUCUACACCAGCUGAAGAAACCCGUGAUACCAUCUUCAGUGUAAACAUCACAGUGAGCAGCCUUCCAGUGUCAGAUGUAACCCAGUCCAAAUCCUGGUCAGAACUGGUAGAUGCCACAUUCCAGUCCCUACACGGGGCGGCGGCCCCUCCCAUGACAGCAGCGAACAGAGUAAACACAGAAUUUGCUAUCCUAAAGAGAGCACAGCAGGAGAGUACACUGCCCUGCAAACAGGUAAACCUCUCAGCUCUAAUAGCAGCUUGCUGUCUCUAUCCCCUGUCUACGACAAAGAUGUGGAGCUGAUGAGGGUCGGAGGUCGCCUUCGAAAGGCAGAGACUCUAGAAGAGGACACCAUCCAUCCUAUCAUCCUGGCGCCAAACCAUCAUAUCACGAAGUUGCUCAUACAGGACUAUGACAACCGGUUGCACCAUGCAGGUCCUGACCGUGUAUUUGCAGGAAUAAGGAGGACAUACUGGAUCAUUCGUGGACGUCAGGCCGUCAAAAAACAUCAGCAUAGCUGCACAGAGUGCCACAAAUGGCGCAGCAAGCCCGUCAUUCCUCAGAUGGCUGACCAGCCAGCCGCACGGUUGCGCAUCAACCAACCCCCAUACUGGUCUACUGGGGUAGGUUGUUUUGGCCCGUACAACGUCAAAAUAGGCCGCAGACACGAGAAAAGAAGAGGGAAACCAUUCGAGAUUCUCUGUGACCGAGGCACUAAUUUCUGAGGAGGCGACAGAGAACUGCAAGAAGCCUUCGCCACACUUGAA